GUGGGGCAGCUUAGUCGCCUCAGGCGCGUGCGGCUGGCGGGAAGUCCUUGAAGGCGGGCCGCGCCUCCCUCCCGCGUCCUUUCCCCGCCUCAGCUCUCUGGGUCUCUGGCGAUCGCCUUGCUGAGAAGCUGGGUGGAGCCCUGCCUUGUAUAAAACUUUUGCUGGAGACGCACGGCCGGCUCGAACUCCUGAGGGCGCGUCGCGCUCGUUUAGUGUGGAGAGAGAAAGCGCGCGCUGCGGGAGCCGCCACUUCUAGCAGGCCGCCAGCAGCGGCGCACUGAGGGGCGUCCCUGUCACGGACGGGAGAAGCGGGGUCAGGGUGACAAGACAGCCCCUCUGAGCUGACGGGAAGAAGCGGCUGCCUCCCUGCGAGAGGCAAAGAGAGGGACCAUGAAAGGUGGAUACAUUUUGGCUGCCCUGGCGACUUGGUGGUGCCUCAUUUGGAACCCCUUUACCAGCUGCGGUGCCACGAAGGGCAGCGUGCCUCGACUUCGCCUCUCAUCGAAAGAUCUUUUGGCCACUAACCGCUCAGUCCUGUUCCUUGGGCACCGAGGAAUUUUAGACUUCCGCUCCUUGUACCUCGAUGAAUACCGUGACCGCCUGUUCAUUGGAGGAAAAGACACACUUUAUUCUCUUCGGCUGGAUCAAACCAACAUGGAUGCUAAGGAGAUCUACUGGCCACCACUCCCUGGACAGAAAGAAGAAUGCUUUCGAAAAGGAAAAGACCCAGUGACAGAAUGUGCCAACUACAUCAGAGUGCUUUACCCUUUAAACCGGACACACUUAUUGGCCUGCGGAACGGGGGCUUUCCACCCAAUCUGUGCUCUUAUCUACGUGGGACACCGAGGAGAGCAUGUGUUCAGCUUGGAUCCUUCCAGUGUAGAAAGUGGCCGGGGCAGAUGUCCUCAUGAGCCCAACAGGGCAUUUGCAAGUGCUUUCAUUGGUGGAGACUUGUAUACAGGACUAACAGCAGAUUUCUUGGGCAGGGACUCUGUGAUCUUCCGAACUAUGGGACACCGCUCCCCUCUGCGCACUGAGAUGGAUCAGCGGCUGCUUAAUGCCCCCAAGUUUGUUGCUGCUUAUCUGAUCCCAGACAAUGAUGACCGGGAAAAUGACAAAGUCUACUUUUUCUUCACUGAGAAAGCAGCAGAGUCAGACAGCAAAGGCCGGGCCAUCUUUAGCCGUGUGGGGAGGGUGUGUGUGAAUGAUGCUGGAGGACAGCGAGUGCUAGUCCAUAAGUGGAGCACCUUCAACAAGGCCCGGCUGGUGUGCUCUGUCCCAGGGCCAGAUGGCAUUGACACAUACUUUGAUGAACUGGAGGAUGUCUUUCUCCUGAGGACCAAAGAUGGGAAGAGCCCUGAGAUCUAUGCACUCUUUAGCACCAUCAGCAAUGUCUUCCAAGGCUUUGCCAUCUGCGUAUAUCGUAUGGCAGACAUCUGGGAGGUUUUUAAUGGACCAUUUGCUCAUAAAGAUGGCCCAGACCAUCAGUGGGCAGCUUACGAGGGCAAGGUGCCUUACCCAAGGCCAGGAGUUUGCCCCAGCAAAACCACCAAUCAGCCAAGCCGGCAGUACUCCUCCACCAAGGACUACCCUGAUGAGGUCCUGCACUUUGCCCGUGCCCACCCACUGAUGAGCAGAUCUGUGUACCCACUGCAUCGCCGGCCUGUGCUGGUGAAAACCAACCUGCAGCACCGCCUGCGGCAGAUAGUGGUGGACCGUGUGGAAGCUGAGGAUGGGCAGUAUGAUGUCAUGUUCAUUGGCACAGAUGCUGGCUCUGUACUGAAGGUUAUAGCCCUUCAGAGAGGGAACUUUGCAGCAGCCGAAGAAGUCAUUUUGGAGGAGCUUCAAGUAUUUAAGGCACCAGUCCCUAUUACGGAGAUGGAAAUAUCUGUCAAGCGACAAAUGUUGUAUGUAGGCUCCCGGGUGGGAGUUGCCCAAGUGAAACUGCAUCAGUGUGAGACGUAUGGGACAGCCUGUGCAGAGUGCUGCCUAGCACGGGACCCUUACUGUGCCUGGGAUGGCCUCACCUGCACCAGGUACCAGGCAUCAGGCAAGCGUCGUUUUCGCCGGCAGGACAUCCGGAAUGGGAACCCCAUGCACCAGUGCCUGGAUCAAAACUUGACAGUGGAUGAUUUUGACAGCACAGAGGAGAAGGUGGUCUAUGGGACGGAACACAACAGCACCUUCUUGGAGUGCAUCCCAAAGUCACCACAGGCUGCCGUGCAAUGGUUUGUACACCGGUCUCCAGAAGAGUUAAGAGAUGAGGUGAAAACAGAUGAUAGGAUCAUGAGGACAGAGCAAGGACUGCUCUUCCGGAAGCUUUUCCGCCAGGAUGCGGGAACCUAUUACUGCAAGGCUCAGGAGCAUGGCUUCACUCAGACCGUCACCAAAAUCAUGUUGGAGGUGAUUGAGAGUGAGCAGCUGGAGCAGGUCUUUCAGCGGGAGCAGGAGGAGGAGCCGCCUCGCCCGCUGUGCCGGGUGCCUGAUCCCCGCAUGCUGCAUGGGCAAAGGAUGUGGUUCAAAGACAUCAUGCACCUCAUUGGCUAUUCCAACUUGCACCGGGUAGAGGAGUACUGUGAGCGUGUGUGGUGCGGAGACCGCCAGCUGCGGCACAAAGGCAGGCCCCCCAAGAGCAAGAACAUGCUGGAUGGUGGCAAAAAGGGGAGGGGCAAGCAGCACGGAGAGAGGAACCGGGUCCCUAGGCAGGCGGCUGCCACAUAAGUGGAACAGGAGCCAACACAUAGCAGGAGAACAUGAGAGGAGGAAAGUCGGCAUGGACCAACCUUCCUCCUCGAGAAUGAAAAUCAGCCCCUCUAGGAACUGUCCUUAUGAUAGGAUCUUGUCCUUUUGGAAGGGGCCGCCUUGCUGAUCAGCUGAGCCUGGAGACAUUCCUUGCUGGAAGCACAUCCUUCUGUCAAUUGCAUUGGAGACAAGGACUCAAACACCAGACCUAUUUCCUUCCUAUCCUGUCUUGAUGUAUUUCACUUGCACCUUGGGGGGUUGGUUGGUUGGUAUCUGGGAAGGUGUGGGUUGGCUUGAAGACACUACUCUCUCCAUGCAGUUGUUGUGUGUAUUCAGUUGCUGCCCCCGAUGUUCAAUAUGACUGAGCCACAAAAUGCAGAGACAUAAGGGUUGAGGAUCUAACCACGUGGCAAAGGAAAACCACCAGCAGAAGUACCAGAAGACAAGCCAACAGCACUCUGCUUAGAAGUCUGGGUGGGAAUAUGGUGAGUUCCUGCUGGGAAUGGGCAGGAUGGAGGUAGGCAGGUCUCUCCUGCAGGUGACAAGUGACAGGCACAUUCAGCUGCACGCAACAUGUGACAAAAAACGCCUCUCUGAAGAGAGCGGAUGCCGAUUCCAGUGGGAUCCCACCUACCCCCAGCAAAAAUCGAUAAGGAAGGAAUGUGAUCAAUGAGCUAUGGGUUGUAAUUAUCCUUUGGUGGUAGUGAGGCAAAUUCUGUUUGUCAAUCUUAGGGGUUUCAUCUGCCCGGAGGCAGGAAGCAGUCUAAAACUUUUAGGGCAUUUUCACUGAGGCAGCUUAAUGUGGUCAUUUGUGAAUGCAAAGCCUACAUUGACCAGAAUGCUAAUUCGACUUGCCAGUGGCUCUCUUUUGCUUGAGCAACAGUAUUGAUGUUAACACUAAUAGUGCAAAAAGAGGCUCAACGGGAAUUUAUAGGCCAAAGAAAACGUUACGAUGCAGCUGCACUACAACAUUAGCCUGCUACUACUCCGUUACAAGGCUGGCUUUCAGGGCGGGAAGUGAGUGGCAGGAGAGGAGUUAAGCACAUCCUUCCACCUGCCCCCUUCCUGACACUAUGUGUCCCCUUCCAGGGGUGUGUUGGAGCUGAGGAGAAGCCACCAGGCUAAUAAUUAUACGUGGCUGCAGCCAUGUAACAUAUAGCUUGGCCCUCAGUUGUACAUAUGUGAAUUUUGCAGGCUGCCUCAUACCACCCAGAGCAGACUUAUAUCUUUCCCGCCUGUGUCUUUUGAGCAUUCUUAGCUGCAUUCGCUGGGCCAUGCAACAUCUCUUCAAGCCCGUGUCAGAACUUUGGCUUUAAGUGCUCUCCGUCUUUCAUUCCUGUAUCUCUGAGGCUGUGUUGAUCCCCUAGAUGAAACUGAUUAAACGCCAACAGCUGAAUCAAAACCACCAGUUAGUUCAACAAAUAAAUUAAACCCUUAUGCAGCAAACUCAGGCUUGGGGGCAAGUCUUUCUUCUUUUGUUUUCAGUGAUUCAGUGUUCAGCUGCACAAUGAAUGGGUCUCAUAGCAAGCUGUGCCCAGGACUGAAGUUUAUUGCUGAAACUUCUUCCUACAAUGUCACUCAUUGUACAGUCAAAAGUUCUCCAAACACUUAUCGAACAAUGCAUGUGUCGAGGGGCCAGAAAAUAAAGCUUAACUAUCUAUGGUUUUGUGAAGAAAUUAGAAAGGUUAGCAGUGCACAGACGCCUCCUGAAAUAAGAUGUCCUCUCAAUGACCAGUUUCUGGAGAAAGCACUAUUGACACAGUCAGUUUGGUAGUAAAUGGGCAGAUAAAGACCAUUGGGGGGUAUUCAGUAAAACUUAGUUGAAUACCACCCAAUGUCAUCUGUCCUACCACCACAUGCCUUUCUGGCUGUCUCCAGACAGUGUGCAGUUUAACACUGGACUGGAUGAACUUUCCUAGGAAGCAGUGCCCACCUCUUGCCCUGAAGAGGUGUAAGUCAGGGUUUGUGUAGCGGUCUCUGGGCAAACAUUCAGAGUUACUGUGUCAUCUCUGCCCACCUGGACUCGUGAUAGAUCAGCUCAGGGACUGGCACACUCUCCUUGUGACUUGCUGAUGUCAUGUUGUUUCAGCAUACAAAACGGAUAAACACACGCUUCUCAAAAACAAUAAAAAUGGCAAAACACCAAUAAAAAUGGUAAACACAUUCUCAGUUUGAAAUCCACUUCCAUCAGUUUCCAGUACAGCAAAUGAAUAUUUGGUAUAGUGCAUGUUGGUUUUAAAAGAUGUCAUUUACAUCAAAGGGAUCCAUCAGAAUUUGGCAGGUACCGGUAGAACAAUUGCAUCAACCUUUCAUGCCAAAAGAUGCCCAUCAAGGCAGGGAGUAACAAGAAGUUCUGUCUACCAAGCCCAGGUUCUACCUCUCCUUUGUGACUGGAGUUUAAAAGUACUCAGAGCUGUAAUACCCUUGUGCACAUUGAAGCCUGUUAAAUUCAGAUAGGUCAAGUUAGGGAUAAAGAGAUGGGUUGAUAAUACAACUAGUAGCAAAUAAGACAUGGGAAGCAUUAUUAGGAAGGAUUAGAGAGCAGUUACUGAUGAAUAAAAAAGAGAAAAUAUAUGCGAUAAAGGUAAAUAAAGGUAAGUGUUGUUGUUGUUUAGUCAUGUCAGACUCUUCGUGACCCCAUGGACCAGAGCACGCCAGGCACUCCUGUCUUCCACUGCCUCCCACAGUUUGGUCAAACUCAUGUUCGUAGCUUCAAGAACACUGUCCAGCCAUCUCAUCCUCUGUCGUCCCCUUCUCCUAGUGCCCUCCAUCUUUCCCAACAUCAGGGUCUUUUCCAAGCUGCAUUAGGAAAUACUUGUAUUACGUUCAAGUAUACUUACCUUUUUUUUUCCUGGAAAAGGUAAGUAUACUUGAACAUAAUACAAGUAUUUCCUAAUGCAGCUUGUACUGUUAUGGUGCAGCAGUUGAGUCCCUCCCUUAAUAAUGUUUGGUUCUGAAGUCAGUGGAAUUGUCACUGAUGUGUCUUACGUGUCCCAGGAUUAAUGGUGGGAUGAAGGAUAGGAUAACAGAAUGGCAUUGAGUAACUCCUCGAGUGUCCUCUAACUGCCCAUUGCAAACUGAGUGUGUGCUUUGUUCUGUGUUCAAAACAGUUUUCAUGCAUCACCAGAGUCCCAUUCAAAAGACGUCUCUUAACUUUCUGUGCAGCAAAGACUUAUUGGUGAAAGGGUGGCGUUGGUAUUCCUAGCUUGGACACGGGAAGAGAAAAAUGUUCCUUCCAGGAAUGCCAUUGUAUCUGUGCAUGUCAUGAGGCAAAGCUCAUACUUCCUUGAGCCCCAUCUUUUGUGUCAGGACAGGAGGAAAGGUCUGUUUUCUAAGCCUGGUUUAGGGAUAAAUAUUAGGGUCAAACAGUCCUUUCAGUCCAUAUGACCCAUUCAGAGCAGCGUGGAAAUGGCAUGCAGGGAUCCUAAUUAAAUGGAGGGAAGUAACUGUGGUUCAUCUUUGGAAAUACAGCAUUUGGUCGCAGGAGGAGGUGCGGUUCAAUGAGGACACAUACGGACCCUGUGAAUGCCACAGGAGGGGGGAUGUCAACAAACUAGUUCUAAGUGCAUACAAAGCAGGGUGGGAUAUUGGUUGGUGUAAACAAAACAACACUGGCAGCUGUCUCUCCAUGGCCGAGGGUCGACUGGGUAAAAGUUGACUACAACCCGGUGGUGUGAAAAGUGAUUGGGGAUAAUAGCUUUAACAAAUGCAUCUUGCUUUCUGCAAGCACAGGGAUUGGCACUUUAAUUACCUUUCCUGUGUCUGAGGAUUAAUAAUAUGUAUGAAGUUGGAACUUUUGCAGACCAGCUUUGGGGUUUAUAUUUGAUUUCCUACUGCUGUGACUCUUGUGAGGUAGCUGUCAAGGGAGAGAGAUAAUAAUGCGUUACUUUUCAGACAUUAUUAGUAAUAAGAGUGUAUUGGACUAUAUGUGCUUCAUAUUUUGUCUUCCAAACUGUUCUGGAGAAUUUAACAAUUUCCAUUGCCCCUUCAUAUGAGAUCUGUCCAUUUAUUCAUCCGUCCAUUCAUGAUUGCUGUAGUUACUAACAAUUACACACUCAAGUGGAUGGUUUAAUAAUAUUUUGGCUCACUUUUAAUGUGAAUGGGACCCUAUGUCUUGCACAACUUUGGAUUUGUUGUGAGACUUUAGGAAAAAAACAAUUCCCCCCACCCUUUUGCCUCAGAGCAAUUUAAGGCAAAUUAUCUUUUGAUUGGAGCAUAUUGAGGGGAUAUGGAAAGCUAAAUUAUUAAGCAUGUAAAGAUUCGCAAGGCACUAAAGUGACAUAGGCAAUACUAUUAUUAUGUGUUUGGGGGGGGGACGGAGAUCGGAGUUUUUAAGCCUUGUGUGUAGAGCAUAUACUUGACAUCUGAUACAUCCUCUGUCAAGAAAACUCUCUCAGAAAGCAGACAGCCUUUAUGAUCUUUGCCUUCUCCAGCUACAGUCCCAUGAGCUAAUGUGCCAGCAGGUCUUUGAAGCCGGGUGUGUGAAGGGAGAAGACAGGCAGACAAUGAACUUCUUUCCUGCAUCUGCUGGAGUAUAAUUACAUAGAGUUUAUUUUUGCAAAAGGCCUACAAAGUGGAAAGUGAGCAUGACAUGAGGUAAAAUAACAAAUACUGGGAGAUCGCAGAGAGUGGAUUUCACAGCCUGUGUAUGAACAUGAUUUAGACCUUUCUUGUGAACUAAACUCGGGUCUCCCCAUUUGCCUUGACUUCUCAAACUUGUGUGCGGUCACUCACCUCAGUGAACAAAGCAGGAUAAAAUCCCAUCUUUCAGAUGCUUCACACAAGAGUACUGAAUCCUACCACACCAGACUAAAUUAUUGCUCAGUGCUUCUAAGUGUUAAAGGGCACCAAGUUUCUCAAGAAACCUAACAACAUGAUCCUAAGCACCUAUUUGGUGUCAAAUUCUAUUGAUUUCACUGGAAUGUGUAAGUGGGUACAAAGUACAUUUAGGAUCUUCUGCCUGAAGCUUAAAGGUGAAGGAAAGGGACCCCUGACCAUUAGGUCCAGUCGUGAACGACUGGGGUUGUGGCGCUCAUCUCACUUUACUGGCCGAUGGAGCCAGUGUACAGCUUCUGGGUCAUGUGGCCAGCAUGACUAAGCCACUUCUGAUGAACUAGAGCAGUGCAUGGAAAUGCCGUUUACAUUCCCGCCGGAGCGGUUCCUAUUUACUUGCACUUGCAGUGCUUUCGAACUGCUAGGUUGGCAGGAGCAGGGACUGAGCAACGGGAGCUCACCCCGUCUCACAGGGAUUCGAACCGCCGACCUUCUGAUCAGUAAGCCCUAGGCUCUGUGGUUUAACCCACAGCGCCACCCGCAUCCUGAAGCUUGCUUUCCCCCAAAGUAAGCCCCAUUAAACUUAGUGAGACUUCCUUCCGGGGAAAUGGGCUUAGGGCCAGGUUGCCAGAAAUAACUUCUUUUUAGUCCACUGUGUGUUAUUAGCUGCACAAUCUUUUCAGAUACAGGUAGGUAGCCGUGUUGGUCU